AUGUCUACUCACCAAAUCGUCAUCAUCGGUGCCUCUUUCGGCGGCCUUGGUGCUGCUCACGGGCUUUUGAAGACUGUCAUCCCUCAAUUGGACGGCAAACAGUCCUACAAAAUCGUCCAGAUCGCCCCCCAUGACGAGUUCUUUUGGAAGAUCGGUGCGCCGAGAGUGAUUGCGAACCCUCAAUCCCUCCCCCUCGAAAAGGCUCUCCUUCCCAUCGCUCCUGGAUUCAAAGACUACAAGCCUGAACAAUACGAAUUCAUCAAGGCCUCCGUUACCUCGAUCGAUCCCUCCGGCAAGACCGUUCACACGAGCACCUCUGCUUCCGUCCAUUACGACUCACUGGUCGUUGCUUCGGGUACGAGUUUCGCAACCCAGUUAUGGACCGUGUCAGAUGGUGCCGAGCCUCUGAAAGCCGCCAUUGGCGACGUUCACAAGAGAUUUCCAGGCGCAGAUUCCGUCCUCAUUGCCGGUGGAGGUGCGGCGGGUGUCGAGACAGCUGGUGAAUUUGGUGAAGUCUGCGGAAAGAAGAAGGAGAUCACACUCUUGUCUGGAACCACCCAUCUCUUGUCCAGACUUCACAACAAGAAGGUUGGCGCCGAUGCUCAAUCCCGACUUGAGCGGAUGGGAGUCAAGGUCAUCAACGACAAUGUUCGCGUUGUCGAGCAUACCUCGGCCAAUGGCAAGGAGGUCUUGAAAUUGAGCAAUGGCGAAACCAAGACCGUUGACAUCUACAUCGAGGCCACCGGUGACAAGCCCAACAGUGAAUUUGUCCCCCCAGAAUGGCUGGAUGAUAAGCAAAAGGUCAAGACGGACCCCCACACUCUUCGCUUGAGCGUUAAUGGUGUCAUUGGUGUCUACUGCAUCGGAACAGUGGCCAGCUAUUCUGACGGCGCUAUCAUCGAUGUCAAGUUUGCGCUGCCAGCACUCUUGGAGAGCAUGAAAUUGGAUCUCCAAGGACAGGCUCCGGGCCCUCGCACCAAGAAAAUCUACAAGAAAAUCACCAGUGACAUGCAAUUCGUCCCAAUCGGUUCGCAACAAGGUGUUGGUGCCGUUUUUGGUUGGAAAAUCCCUAGUUUCAUGGUCAAAAUGAUUAAGAGCAAGGACUUCAUGAUUGGCAAUGCUGUCAAGACCAUUGAAGGCACUGCUUGA